AUGUCAAAUCCACGUCAAUCUGCUUCUGAAACAACACCAGCCCGCGGUAAUGGCGAUAAUCCAAAUUUAAAACCUGUUAACGUAAAGCUAGUGCUUCUUGGUGAAGCUGCUGUUGGUAAAUCUAGUUUGGUGCUUAGGUUUGUCAAUAAUGAAUUCCAAGAAAAUAAAGAACCAACUAUUGGUGCCGCUUUCUUAACGCAGAAGUGUCGUUUAGAAGAUAAAGUAAUUAAAUUUGAAAUCUGGGAUACCGCUGGUCAGGAAAGAUUUCAUUCUCUGGCUCCAAUGUAUUAUCGAAACGCUCAGGCAGCUGUAGUCGUUUACGAUGUAACAAAGAGUGCCUCGCUUGACAAAGCUAAGUCUUGGGUGAAAGAAUUGCAGCGCCAGGCAAAUCCGAACAUUGUUAUUGCACUUGCAGGCAAUAAAAUAGAUCUCGUUCAUUCUGCUGAGGAGAGUGAAGAAGACCCUGCGGAAAGUGGGAGAGAAAGUAGUGUCAGAGAAAGUGGGAGACAAGUUUCUACUGAGGAGGCUAAAGCUUACGCCCUUGAAACUGGUUUGCUAUUUUUUGAGACUAGUGCAAAAAAUGGUGAUGGUGUGCGGGACAUUUUCGUAGAAAUUGCCAAGAAGAUUCCUCUUGAACAUAUUAUUAGCCGCCCACGUCAAACAAGUAAUAGUAUCAACCCGGGGAUGGGCGGAACGACAGCUAUGAUAGAUACAUGUAUCUCAGACCAAUCUAUUUUAACUUUGUACUAA